AUGUUCCCGGCCGGGUUGCAUGUGGUCGACGGUGCAGCGGCUGCUGCAACUGUGGAUGGCAGCACGCUGAGGGAGGCGAUUCUGAGAAGCUCGGGGCUGUCCGGCGAGCAUCCCCUCCCGCAGGCGCUGGUCGACGCCAUGACGGACACCCACACCACUACACCCACCAACACCACCAACAAGAAACCCAGCUCCGGUGCUGAUGUCCCUGGUGAUUUCAUGCCCAACCUGUGGUUGGUGCUACAGUCACCGACCAACCUACCUCCCGCUGAGGGGGAAGGACUCCCUGACUGGCUUGCCUUGUCGAUGAUGGAGGCGCUUGACGCUUGCGAGUCGGUCCCGCCGGCGAUCGUCUCCUGCGUUCCUCCUCCUCCUCCAUCGCCAGCACCAGCCUCAUCACCAUCGUCGUCUUCGCCGCCGCCGGUGUUAUCCUUCGACGCUGCGCUGCUGGACAUGCCUCUGGCUGACUUGUGGAGGCGAGAGGCCAGGCGCCACUUCGCCGAGAACGGCCUAUCCGAGCCGCUGAAAGUGCACGGGACCGAGUGGUCCCCCUCGAGCCGGGGUGUGAACGUGGCGAUGAAUCUUGAGUUGGACGGGUCGUGGGUGCCCUCGUCGAAUGACCCGGGGGGGGAACGGUGGGACACAAGCAAGCUGGUGGUGUUAGACGGUCUUGUGGAUGAGGACCUCUGCAGAGAGUUGCUUGAUCUAGUCACAGAGCCUGGAUGGGCCACGAAACCACCACCUGUGCCAGCGACACCGGGAACGACGGCGGCAGCACUAUCGCUCGAUCAGCCGACAUCCGGCAACGAGGGAACGCCGGUACGAGAACGGCCACCGCCGUCGAAGUGGGAGCGGGGUCUGACCGAUGUGGACGAGGAGGAGGAGGAGGAAGAGGGGGGAGGGAGAGGGGCGGGGCCAGGCAGCUGGGGCUUGACGGAGGAGGCCAUGGAAUGGUUGUGCCGAGACGGGAAGCACCCGGCGAUUGUAGAGCUCCAAUCCAGGCUGUGCAAGCUCUACCCAGACUUCGAGAUAUCGCACAUGCCCGAGGCGGUCAUGGGUCCCAGCACCGCACGUAUGGUGGCCAACGCCCCCGUUUACGGCGACCGUUUUUCGUGGCACGUCGACGCCGACCCGGCGGCCUUUCCGCCGUCGCCCUGGCGGGAUCACUUCGGGACCUACACCAACAGGGAGCCGGGGAUGCCUCUCUUCGCGACGCUGCUGAUUUACCUCGACGCGGACUGGCGGAGGGAGUGGGACGCGGAGACGCUCUUCCUCGACCCCCCUACCGGCACCGGGGUGUUCGUUAGGCCGAGGGCGGGGCGGGUCAUCGUGAUGGACCAGGACGUCACGCACCGGAUUUCCACUCCGUCCCAGAUGGCCAAGCGACCACGGUACAGCCUAGUCCUGAAGCUCAUCUUCUUCUCGAAGCAGCACGGGCGCUACGACAACCGCUCAUCUUCUUCACCGUUUCCCGGAACAACACAAACCACUUCCGGUACCACCCCCGGUUCGGCGGCGGCACCUCACGGAGCCCCCGGUGUUUCCCACGCGCCGGCAGAGCCGUGCAUUUCCUCCCUCUCGGCCCUUCGACCCAUGAAAGAAAACUCGCAGAGGGGUGGGCGUGUGAGGUUUGGAUCCUCUUCUGAAUCAUCGUCUGAGCGAGCGCGUCCCUCGGGGAGGUCAUCGUCUCCCGACAGCACCCCCCCCGCCGCGGUGCCGGUGCCACCGCCGCCUUUCCAGGAUGAUGCUACUGGUGCUGCCGGUGGUCUCGAACCUUUGGAUGCGGAAUCACCGUUGGUGGAAGUGAGGCCUGUCGGGGCCAAGGGGAAGGGGCUGUUCUCCACAAGGCCAAUCGCCAAAGGCGUACCUGUUGCGUUUUACUCGGGGGAGGUGCUGACGGCCGAGCAGCUGGACGACCGAUAUCCCGGCUUCGAAGGCUCGGACUACGUCAUGCAGCUGGGUCCGGACCGAUAUCUGGACGCACGGGACCCGGAAAAGUCGAGCAUCGCCAGGUACGCCAACCACAGCGGACGGCCUAACCUUGUUGUCGAGAUUCGACCUGUCGACGGCAACGGCGCCGCGGCCGUCGCUGCUACCGCGAGCAGCGGUUUUCCCAACGGGGAAGGGGUGGCGCUUACGACUCUUCGAGACGUGGUUGGAGGAGAGGAGCUGACUUUCGACUACGGCGAAGAGUUUUUCGACGGAGACGAUGACGAGGGCAGCGUCAUCGAGGACGGCUUGGACAUGCAACAACUCCUUGGCGGGAUAGACUGGGGCUCGAACACCCUGUCCAUGUAGAUGGAAGGCCUCAUGUUCAUUGCCACAUAGCAUGAGAUUCGUGCGUGAUGGAAUACACGGUUGGUAUUGUUUCCAAAAGUUCUGCAUCGGCACUCCGAGAGCGGUUUAACCCUCCAGUUCCUCCUUUUCAAUUGCCGGAAAUAUGUCAGCCCUUCGCCCAAUGUAACUACACAGAGGGUCGCCAAACAAACUCCACCCUGUACGUGCCAAGUUUCUGUGUCCUCUA